AUGGUCGCGACAUUUGUGUCAAAAGCGGGUCAUAUUGCAACAAUUCCUCUUAAUGAGCAAAGAACUGUUACUGCGGAUUGGUAUACCACCAUUUGUUUGCCAAAAGUCAUCACCGAGCUUCGAAAAAUCAACCCCAAAAGAAGAAUCAUCCUCCACCAAGACAACGCAAGCUCGCACACAGCCCAAAAAACAAGGCAGUAUUUAACGGAAGAAAACGUGGAAUUAUUGGACCAUCCUCCAUAUAGUCCCGAUCUAAGUCCUAACGAUUUCUUUACUUUCCCGAAAAUUAAAAACAGACUGCGUGGUCAAAGGUUUCAGUCACCAGAAGAAGCAGUUGACGCAUUCAAAAAUGCCAUGUGUAUUAAUCUUCGUGGAGAAUACUUCGAAAAAGAAUAA